CAAAUAUUUUACAUAUUUUUUUCUUUGCUGCCUUUUUGAGUCUCUGUCAGGAACCUCCUCUCUAACAUUACCACCCCCACCGAUCAAGAACCUACUUUUUUGUACUUUCAUUUAUUCAGACAAAAUCCCAUUUUUACCAUUGCAACAACAGCAUCAAAGAAGAACAAAAGUUUUGAUUUUGUGCACCCUUUAUGCUUCUCUUGAGAUUGUAAGGAGAAGUUAAGCUUCAGCUGUUGAUAAUUCAAAUGCAUUUGUCAAGCAAAAGUGUGUUGUAAGAUCAAAUAAAAAACAGAAAAAUGAGAGACCCUGAUAUGAUCAUCACCAAAGGCGGUGAAUUUACGUUUUUUUGUUAUACAUUUCUGUAAAUAAUAAAAAAGGAAACGUAGAGAUUCUUUUUUCUCUUUUGGUAUUGGUGGUGUUGUUUCGUUUUGUAGAGUGAGUUUGGAAGAGGGGGUACUUUGUAUAAGGAAAACCUGGCGAUUCUGUACAGCGACCUGGCUGUUGGCAGAUAUCUUUGCUACCUCCGCCACUGUAGCAUUUGGCUUAUCAAGCAAUGGGGGGUAGAUGUAAUCCAAUUGGAUUCCAUUUGUUAAGCUUCUUGUUCCUGAUUCCAAGUUUCAUAAUUCAAGAAUCUUUGGCCAUUAACUCUGAUGGUUUGGCUUUGUUAGAAUUUCGAGCGAAUAUUGAUUCUGAUCCGUAUGGUGCGUUCGCAAAUUGGAAUUCCAAUGACAGCACACCAUGCAUGUGGCUGGGGGUUCUUUGUGUCGACGGUAAAGUGCAAAUGCUGGAUCUGAGUGCCCUUUCUUUGGAAGGUACAUUGGCGCCUGAGCUGGGGAAAUUAAGUGACUUAAGAUCACUUGUGCUAUAUAAAAACCAUUUCUCUGGCGCCAUUCCAAAGGAGUUUGGAGAGCUUACAAAGCUGGAGCAAUUGGAUUUGAGAGAAAAUAACUUGAAUGGAACAAUUCCAGCAGAAAUAGGCAACAUGCUGUCUCUAAAACGCUUGUUACUUUGUGACAACAAAUUUGAGGGCAGCAUUCCUUCUGAUCUUGGGAGGCUAAACUUGCUCUCUGAACUGCAGUUUGAUGAAAAUCUUACUUCGAUGUUGCCUACUGAAAUUGGCUGUGUAAAUAGAAAGUUUGGACUUUGCAUAUGGCAGAGCAGUUUGAAACAACUGAACAGAGAAGGAUCAUUGUUCUUCCCAAUUAAAGGAGCUCUUAUAACUUACCUCAAUGCCCUGCCAUUACCACAGUUCAAGUUGCAAAAAGACUCUCUGGCUGAGCGUCAAGACAGUUGCUGCAGGGAUGUGCCUGGUUCAUCUAAGCAACAAAUGGCCCAUAACAUAAGGAAUCUUGUCCCUUUUGCACGUCGUAGGCUGCUUGAGCAGGCAAAGAACCUCCCAGCUGCACCUGUUGCUGCUACGUCUUCCACUGAACAGAUCAUUUCUCUCCCAACUACCAGAAGUAGUGGGACUUUCCCCGCUGUGCCGAAGGGAACAAAGAAACAGUCUCAUGCACCAGCACCACUGGUUGAUCCUCCUGCUCCUCCUCCAGGGACUAAUUCAGAGCCUGCUGACCUCUCAUCCCAAACCUCUAAUGCAGAGCCAAUUGUUCAACAAACUUCAGCUUCUGGGGAUUUAUGGAAAUAUCUCAUUUUCAUUCCCUGUGUGGUCAUCUUGUUUGCAGUUGUGGCCAUGGCUAUCAUUUUUCGGAAACGAGCAGCAAAAACCAUAGGUCCCUGGAAAACUGGACUAAGUGGACAGCUGCAGAAAGCUUUUGUUACAGGGGUGCCUAACCUAAACCGAUCAGAACUGGAAACAGCCUGUGAGGAUUUUAGCAAUAUAAUUGACACAAUUGGAGGUUGUACAGUGUAUAAAGGGACACUUUCCAGCGGGGUUGAGAUUGCUGUUGCAUCAAUUGGCGUUUCAUCUUUAAGAGAGUGGUCAAAGAACUCAGAGAUGGCCUAUCGGAGAAAGAUUGAUACAUUGUCACGAGUUAACCAUAAGAACUUUGUCAACCUUAUUGGCUACUGUAAGGAGGAUGAACCUUUCAACAGGAUGAUGGUGUUUGAAUAUGCUCCAAAUGGAACCCUUUUUGAGCGUCUGCAUGUUAAAGAAAUGGAGCAUCUUGAUUGGAAUGCAAGGAUGAGGAUCAUCAUGGGUGUAGCUUAUUGUCUUCAGUACAUGCACCAUGAUCUGAAUCCUCCCAUAGCUCUUUCAAACUUAAGUUCAACUGCUAUCCUUCUAACAGAUGAUUAUGCUGCGAAGCUUUCGGAAAUCGGUAGUUUACGGCCUGCACCUGUGUCUAAAACCUCAGGUGAUGCUGAACCAGAGCAUUCUGAAUUGCCACCUUUUGUUGAUUCAGAAGUGAAUAUCUAUAGUUUUGGAAUACUGUUACUUGAAGUCAUUUCCGGGAAGCUUCCUUACUCAGAAGAGCAAGGCCCUCUUGAGAAAUGGGCCGUUCAAUAUUUGAAUGAUAAACGAAGCAUCAGCUACAUGAUUGAUCCCACCCUCAAGUCUUCCAAAAUUGAUGAGCUUGAUGGAAUCUGUGAGGUUAUACAACAGUGCAUCCAAACAGAUCCAAGGCAAAGACCAACAAUGAAGGAUAUCACUUCAAAAUUGAGGGAAGUGAUUAAUAUCCCCCCUGAGCAAGCCACCCCAAGACUUUCCCCCUUGUGGUGGGCCGAACUUGAGAUUUUAUCAAUGGAGGCCACCUAAUGACCCUCUUGUCUGUGUUGUAAGUCAAGUCUCUCUCUUACUUUGUAUCAAAAUGGAAGAAUAGCUUUUUCGUCCUUGCUUCCAAAAUAAACAUUGAUUCCUUAUACUUGGUUUCCAAAUCACAUCUUUUUUGGUCACUUUGUUUUCAUAUAUACAUAUCCUAUCAUCCAUUUAAUAUUUUCCCCCCAUUCAUCCUCAGCAGUUCAUUGGAAUAAAAGUGUGUUAUACUCUUUAAUGGGGAUUGUGCACCCAAUUGUAAUAGAUGUAUGUAUUUUGUGAUUAUA